AUGUCCACUGGUAUGACCCUCCUCUUCGCCCCGUUCAUCCCCCUCAUCGUGGUCUUCUGCCAAGUAAUCGAAACCCAGGACAGAGCAGACCUCGACCGCAUCGGGGCCUUUUUCACUUCCAUCCAGCCCGCUGCCGCCUCUUCAGACGCCGCAGCCAAAUUGCACCGCCUCUUCCAGGUCCUGCACGACGCCGCGGCCCGCUACGUCGAACUGUCCUCCGGGUACGGUGGCGGCCAGCCACGGGCCACCGAAGAGAGGGGCAUGUACUUGAGACUAUUGCGCGCGCAGUCCCCGGGGGAGAGCAGCGGCGGUGACCAACACAGGCAGGGACUCGCUCACGACCUGGGCGGGAACCUCGUGCAGGGCGUGGGUGUCGGAGGCGUCAGUGCUACUUCUGAGGAGCACGCGCCUCCGAUGUUGAUGAAUCCCAUGAUGCGCAUGAGCCACGGGGCGCGGCUGGAGGAGUGGUUCUACAGCAACCAGGCUCUGAUGGAGUCGUUCCAGACGUUCUCUCAUGACUUUCCUACCGAGGAGGAGCCGGCGACGUGA